AUGGUUGACAAAAAAUCCGACCAUUUUAUUAUUGAGAUCGGCGGCGAAGAUGGCCAAUAUGCCAUGGAUAUCCCCGCCAAGGUCGAUCAUUCCAUCCUCCAAAAUCAACAGAACUGGUUGCCAAAGUCAAAGUUCAAUCCAGACAACGGAGACAUGAACUGUGUCUGGGUGACUGUGGCUGUCUUGCUGGACACGACCACUGUCCAACUAGCCAAAGAUACUGGGAUCAACCAAAGCUUCAUCAACGGCACCAACCUCGCGCAACUACAAACACUCUUGAACAAAAAGGGCCUGCAGUUCGUGAUCUACGAGAUCGAAAAGACUGCAAGUGGGGCGGAAAAGUACACCGUCGCUGGGAAGUCUGUUGCGCCGGACAUGAGCGUACUCCCAGCUCGCCAUGGUGCUGGCUACAGGCGUGCGGACGGCAGCGGACACAUGGUCGUCAGAGUCCUAGACGACUCCGGCGAUAUUGAAGCCAAGAAGACUGGCGCAAACUACACUUGCUAUCAGAGAACUGAUAAGGGCGAAAAUGUGGCUUGGGAUGUGGCUGGAUCACAGCUUGAGUGGGUUAUGUUUUUGUUGCCAGUGUCGAAAGAUGGCGCCGGCAUUAUAUUGAAUGCGAACAAAAAGGCGCAAAAGAAAGGUUGGAGCCUUUUUGGGUUGUUCAAGUAA